AUGCCGGACAUUACAAUUACUGUAAAAUGCUCUAACGACACAAAGUACUUAGUGACAAUUGACCCUUCUAAAACGGUGCUUGAGUUUAAACAGGCAAUUGCUGCAAAAAGCGAGACUCCUGCAGAACGACAACGAUUGAUUUAUUCUGGAAAAGUGUUGAAAGAUGCUGACACGUUAGAAACUUAUAAAAUCGCAGACGGCCAGACUGUUCAUAUGGUAAAAGGCUCUGCUCCUGGGGGUAACUCUUCGCAGUCAUCAGGGGGACAACAACCACGCACAACACCUUCAUCAAACUCACAAUCGACUCCUCAAACAAAUACUCAACCUAACCCGUUUGCUGCCUUCGGACUUGGACAAGGAUUAGGUACAGGUGGAGUGAAUCCGCUGGAUGCAAUACUUCAAAAUCCAGCCAUGGUUCAAAUGAUGAGUCAAAUGUUUAGAGACCCACAAUUAUUGGAGAGUAUGAUUGCUGCGAGUCCACAAUUGAGCGGUAUGGCUCCUCAAAUACGACAAUAUAUGCAAAACCCCGAAUUUCAAGCAUUAUUGUCUAAUCCGGAAACUUUGAGACAAAUGGCAGCAAUGUCUUCCUUGAUGGGUGGAAAUUUUGGUCCAUUUACUGGCGGUUUUUCAGAUCUUGGUGGAUUAGGUCUCGGAAAUACUGCUACUUUCACACCUCCUACCACCACGCCAUCGACACAAACUACUGAAACAACGACAACUAAUCCCACGUCGAAUACUAAUACAACACGAACCAGUACAACUACACCCACAUCAACAACCUUUUCGACCACUACCACCGCAUCAUCAACAGGUUCCGCGGCUCCUAUUAAUCCUUUCCUCAAUUUGCUUAAUCAAAGCGCUGCAACACCUGGGGCAGGCACAACAAACCCAAUACAACCGCCAACAAACCCUUUAUUGGAUCUUUGGGGAUUAGGUGGCGGUACUACUCCUCUAGCUUCUGGCAAUCCGCCAGUACCACCAGAAGAACGAUUUCAGGUUCAACUUCAGCAAUUGAACGAGAUGGGAUUCUGGAACGCUCAACAGAAUAUCAGAGCAUUAAUGCUUUCUGGUGGAAACGUUCCUGCUGCUGUAGAACUCUUGUUGAGUGGCAAUCUUUAA